AUGAAGGGUGUGUUUGCUGCCGCCGCCCUGGCGGCCAUGGCGGGCAGCGUCAGCGCCGCUCACCACCGUCACGCCCACGAGGCGCUCUUUGCCAAGCGCGGCAACGACACGGCCGACGUCUGCGUCCCCGGCUGCACCACCAUCUGGAAGACGAUUACCGGCGAGCCCACUCUCGUCCCCAUCUCCACCGUCACGGCCACGAGCACCAAGACCAGCACCGUCACGCGCACCCAGACGCCGACGCAGGCGCCGCCCGCCACCACCGAGGUGGUCGUCGUCCCUCUCCCGACGCCCCAGCCGCGCACCUGCCCGACGCCCGGCACCUACACGUUCCCCGCCACCACCCUCACCGUGACCCAGACCACGACGGUCUGCGGCGCCGAGACCACCCAGGUGCCCCCCGGCACCCACACCGUUGGCGGUGUCACCACCAUUGUCAAGACGGCCACGACCGUUGUUUGCCCCGUCGCCACCGUCCAGACCACGGGCGGCGUCACCACCAGCACCAUCGUCCAGACCACCUACGUCUGCCCCACGCCCGGCACCUACACGAUUGCUCCCACAACCCACACCGUCACGGAGUCGACUGUCCUCGUCUACCCCGUCCCCAGCACCAUCACCCCUGGCACCUACACUGCUCCCGCGCAGGUCAUCACCGUCACCAAGACGGGCUAUGUCACCUACUGCCCCUUCACCCCGGAGACGCCCAAGCCCAGCUCGUCUCCCAAGACGCCCACCGGCAGCAUCGGCAGCGACAAUGACCACUUCGGCAUCACCUACACGCCGUAUGAGCCCACCAACGGCCAGUGCAAGGACGCCACCAAGGUCUCCAACGACAUUGCUGCCCUCAAGAAGGCUGGCUUCACCACGGUCCGCGUCUACUCCACUGACUGCAACACCCUCGAGACCGUUGGCUCGGCCUGCAAGACCCACGGCAUGGGCAUGAUUGUCGGUGUCUUCGUCAAGGGUGGCUGCACCGCCGAGACCCCCGACAUCAAGGAGCAGAUUGACAAGCUUGGUGCUUGGGACGGCUGGAACAUGGUCAAGCUUGUCGUCGUCGGCAACGAGGCCAUCAUGAACGGCCACUGCUCGGCCUCCCAGCUCGUCACCCUGAUCAAGACUGUCAAGUCCAUCAUCCCCGGCGGUUACAAGGACAAGAUCCCCUGCACCAUCUCGGAGACGCUUGACGUCUGGCAGCGCAAGGAGGUGUCGAGCGCUCUCUGCAGUGAGAUCGGCAUCGUCGGCGCCAACGUCCACCCGUACUUCAACGCCGCGGUUACCCCCGAGAAGGCCGGUGACUUCGUCAGCAACCAGCUCAGCCUCCUGGCCAAGAUCUGCCCUGGCAAGGACGCCAUCAACCUCGAGUGCGGCUGGCCGAACAAUGGCAAGUGCAACGGCGCCGCCUGCCCUGGCAAGUCGGAGCAGGCCAAGGCCAUCACGUCGAUCCGCAAGAGCUGCGGCAGCAAGACGGUCUUCUUCUCCUUCGAGGACGACCAGUGGAAGGAGCCCGGUGAGUGCGAGUGCGAGCGCUCCUGGGGUUCCGCCGCGGCCUUCUCCAUCAACAUCGACAUCUCCCUGUAA